AGUGACGUCCAGAGUGGAAGCUUAUCGCUGGUCCGGGAAAGCUCCCUGGAGUAAUAUUUGUUUUGAUUUGGUAAUUAGGUUCAAAGUACGGAUUCAACCGCGAAGGACUGGGAGUUUGAGGAGACGAUACGUUGGGCCAUACAUGACAAGAGUGAAAUGGAGGCAAAUCUGAAAGAAAAUGCCGUCGUGUGUUUUGUGCGAUGGAGAAGUCUUUGACUGUAUUGAUGGACUGUAUUACUGCCAAAGCUGUGGAACUCAGUCUCAGGUAACCACUUCAAGCUUUUCCUUUGUGUUAAAAUGUCUUUCACGAUCGAUACAAGCACUGUGUUUCACUGAGGCCCACAACUGUCACGGCAUUUACAAAUACCUCACGGCAAACUCCACGACAAAACCAAAAAGCUCCCGGCUUCUUCAGUUAGAACGGAAUUGUCCUUUUUCCUGUCUAAAUUAACCACCGCUGUAUAAGAACACAAGUGACGUAUUGGUUUAUGGUUAGCCAUGACCUAAAAUAACUUAUAAUAAAGCUCGGAUAUAACACGUACUGUCAUUGGUUGAAAGAGCGUGCUCUAUGAGAGUAUAGAGCAUAGAACUGAGCUAAAGCUGUCACGCCAUCUGCCAAAUCGUACUAUGUCCGACCUUUUCCGGGACUUCUUUCUAGCUUUUCUUUCAUUAAUAAAAGUGAAAUUUCGGAACAAGCAAGCAAAGGUUUGCAAAAAUGCCAGGCGCAGUAAUUUACGUUACUGUAACGCGAGCAGAGACAAAAAUCCUCAAAGAUAAAACAAGAUAGACAGUCCGAGUUUUUUUAACGGUUUUCACACUCAGUUAGAUUGCGAGUUUAUGUACGGUAAUAAAAAUCAAACACAGCUAACACUUGUAUAGUAUAUAAAGUUUCGAUUUCAAAUAGAAAGAAACAGGAAUUAUGAAAAAUAUAACCUGGCAUAACUGUUAAAAUUCAUACUAAUCAUGACGGUGUCAAAGACUUAAGGUCUAUCACGGCUAGCUAAUCAUGGCGAUCUUCGGUCAUCGCAGUGCAGCAAGCCUCAGGAACUAAGUCGACUACCCUUCGAGUGAAAAAAUAAGAGUUUGUCCUGGUUACCUUUCCGAUGCGUUGAGUGGAAGGCCAGAUCAGUCACUGCAACCGAGUUUUACGGCGCUGUCAUUCCGAGCGAUCUUUUUGUCUUAGUGAAUUUGGCUGUUAUUCAUUCAUAAUACACUCGCCUUGAACAAUUUGAACUUAGUCUACUUGUAAUGUGAAAUAACUUGCGUAUUUUUGUGAGCCACGAUUGGGCCGAAUUUCACUGAACAUUUCACUUUCAGAUCCUGUAUUAGAAACUAAAAAACUUCAGGCAAAAGUGUUAAAUUCGACGUGCCGAGCUAUUUUAGUUUGUAAACUAUUGCAGAAUAUGAACUUUGAUGGUUUAUGAACUUUGAUGGUUUGACAUUUUUGACAGCUUUAGUCUUGUACAGCCAAUCAGAUUAUUUGAACCAUUCUAACAGGAAUUCUGAUUGGCUUAUUGUAGCGUGCUUUAUGAGAGUAUAGAGCAUGCUGACGACACUGUUGUUCGCUUUGGAAAUAAGAUUUGUUUUGAAAAUUGAAAGUAAUUCUUGGGGAAUUUAACAGAUUCUUUAUUAUAAAACAAAUAGAAAGUUUGACUGUGCUCUGUACUGUUGUAACGCACUUAGGAAGCGGCUAGAGCACUCAAGAAGUAGGGAGAAACACUCGACUACGUCUCGUGUUUCCCCCUACACUUCUUUUGUGCUCUAGCCGCUUCUUGCGUGCUUUACAACAGAACAGAGCACAGUCAAGGCUUCUCUAUUUGUUAAAUAUCCUCAAAUUCGGGCGAAAGAUGCCUGAAAUUUAUGAAUUAAUUUUAUGUUGGUUUUCAUGGUGGCAAGGAUGUAAUUUUUUCUAAUGGCGUAAUCAAUUGGCCAGCAGGGGCAUGGGUAGGGAGUUUUCAAUCCUCAGAGGUGAGAUUUGAUAAUUAAAGUUUGCUGUUAUGGAAAAUUCACUCAUGACUAAGAGAAUAACCUGAUUGGCUUGACAAGGUAUUUUGAACAGUUAUAAUGUGCAGUAGUAAUUCUUCUUCAUUUUUAUUUUUUUUGCAUUUCAUCUCUAAUUAGGAUAUGAGAGAUGAAGAGGCAGCAAAUCCUUAUGAAGCCGGAGUUGAUAGCCGAUUGCAGGUAUCAAGGAAGGGCAAAGGUGGAAGACAGAAACAGUUUUGUGAGUCAAUUUUUCCUCCUAAUAAUAUUGUUGACUUAAAAAAAUAUUUAUUAUAAAUUAAAUGUGCAUUACUUGUUUAAUUAUAAGGUUAUGUUUUCCACUCUUUCAGUGUUUGAUAAUUCUUUGGGUUAACUAUUGAUCUUUUUGUUGUUAAUUAUGAUUUCUCCAGUUGUUUUAAGUGAUUGUCUCUUAGAGAGGAGUAGCACUUGGGCCCUGAGCUGUGUCAGUUUCAAUAAAGAGUUGUUAUUCUACGUUUUCCUCUAGGAAAAGAGAUUCUUUUUCAUUGAUUUUCUUGAGAUGUUAGCUUUGCAGAUGAUUAUUGUACUAGUUAUAAUUGCUGGCUUUUUUACUUUCCCAUAUAUUCAACAGUUGCAGAUAAAGGGAAACCUUGGUUCAUGUAUGAAGCGUAUCAGUACAUCAUUAGAGUUCAAGUGGAAUAUCUCAUAAAACUUGGAGUCAAUGAUGCAUUGAAGGUAUCUCAUUCAUUAAUGGCCUAAUAGGAGGAAAGAAAAAACUAAGGAAUUACAUAGUAUCUUCAGUUGAUUAUUGAAAAAUUGUGAAAGCUUCAAACUGAUUUUUUGAUGGGCAUUUUAUUGAUGGUUCAAAUUGAACUGAAACCUAUUUCUUCCCACUGACGUAACCAUUAACCAUUUCUUUCACAGUUCUAUUGCCUUUCUGUUUUUUUUUUUUUUUUUUCUCCUAUAUUUAAAGCUUUCUGGUGGUCAUAUGUAAGAAUACCCGAAUUUCUUACUAGGCUAUUUUUUUUUAAUUGAUAAGAGCAGUUUUUGAUUGAGUGUCAGAAAAUUAAAGUAUUUUUAAAAUCAAAACAAGCCAUCAGGGCCAAUCAAAUUUAACACCAUGGAUAAGAUUUGGAUGAUGACUCGUGUUUUGAAGUACAUAUUCAAUUUAUUUAGCCUCAAGCAUUAAAAAAUGCCAACAACCAAGUAAUAAUAGGCUACUUUAAAGUCUGGAAGCCUGAAAAGAAGGCCAAAAACAAGCCUUGAAAACAUGAGUUUCAUUUUCUCUAAAGAUAAAUUCAAUAGAGUUAUUUUCUCUUUAAAGGCUUGGCAACACCCUCAUCUCAAACAGAGGCUCAGAAAUCUUGCAAGUGGUGCACUGUUUCUAUUUCACAUCAUUCUGUUGAGUAUUAAGUGAUCAUGGAGAUAUUUUGCAGCAAAACCCAUCCAAUCCCAUGUAACUUUAAUUUCUCAUUCAAAGUCUUCUUCCUCUCCUUAGGAUGUUGUCUUCAAGCUGUGGUACAAGUAUUUGCAGGUCACUGAAAUUGCCUUCACUGGAUCUCCUCAGGGAACUGUACCAACCAAAGGUUCAAUUUUUUACCAGCGAGAUGCUAAUCUCUUAAACAGAAAUCAAAGAAAUAAGAGUGGACGCAAGAGAAAGUUGGAUCCUUCAUGGGAAUCAGAUGAUGAUGAUGAAUUAGAACUGUGUUCACACUUUAGCGAUGAGGAAUUUUACGAUGGUAGUAACAGACUUUUUUAUUGUGUUGUAUUCUAGAUUCAGCUGCAUUGAAGAUAUGAGAAUUCCUCCCAUUUAAUCCAUGACCAAGAAAUUGGAUAGCCCAGAAGUGGAUUGGAUAGCCCAGUAGUCAAUGUCACAUUGAAGAUUUCACCAGAAGCCAUUGAGAACUCAGUGUACUCAUUUGCAAAAAUUUGUAGAUCUUCUAUUGACUUAACAGUUCGUGAAUGUUACUCACAGGGUUGCCAUGGUUACCAGCAGACCCAAAAGCAGUUCUUGAUUCUGCUAACCUGUCAGCCCCCCCCCACCCCACCCCCCAUGUUCAUCUACUGUCAAUGGAUGACUUAGAUGAUACAUUUGAAAUUAACAUCUAGUACCUCACCAGUAUUUUACUUUUUCAUACUUUUUCCUUACACUCCAGGUGAUGAUCCUUCAGAAGCAUUGCCAAAACAUGACAAUGAUGCUGAUGAUUUGAAUCCAGGUGAUGACUGGACUUCUCUCUGCCACAAUAAAGAGAUGGAUGUUGAUGAUGUCUCAGACAGUAGUGAAGAUGAAUUUAUUGGUUCCAUGACUUGCCGUCAAACAAAAAAAAGAGGAGUGUUGUGCGGGCAUGUUACCCUUCAGUCCACCUUAGCAUUUUGUUAUCUUGGCUUGCUGUGGAUAGAUGAACCAGUUUUUAUCAGCGACUUGGUGAGGUAGGUGUGAAGGGUGAUGUUCUUUCUUGUCUUUGAGUGUUUGCUGAUCACAAAUGAUUUUAAUCCGACUUCAUUCUCACAACAAAGACUAUGAGUAGUCCUUCCUUUCUGACCAAAUUGGUUGCAAAAGUUAAAAAAAUUUGCAAAAACAAAAUUGAUGUUUGCACAGUGUGCCUCACUCCCAGAGUGUUAACAUCAAUUUUGUGUUAGCUGAUUUUUUAAUUUUUGUUUUUUUAACUUGUUGCACAGAUUUCACCAAAAAGGAGGGACUACUACUCAUUUAUUUAACAUGAGACUUGAAUGCCUCUAGAAGUUUAAUUUGCAUUGCUUUUAAAUUAGGUAGGUUCAUGUAUUGAAAACUUAGACAUAAAACUUAAACAUAAAACUUAAACUUAAACAUAAGUGUAGGGUGUCAUUUUUGUUACUCUCAUGUUCUUGUGAUUGCUUUAAGAUUUGGAAAUUUCUUUACAGUCAUAAUUUUUGAAAAAAAAAUUUGCAAAUUAUCAUAACUUAAAAAUAUUUUCAAACCAACCAACUCAAAUGAAGAAGGACUUUCAGUGUACCUGUAUUAUUUACCAGAUGGGCCAAACAAGGACAGUUUCCAUACUUCCAAACAACAAGACACAUCCCUGGGCACAUGAAGUUUGGUUCUGGUGAUUUUAGCUGUUUAUGUCCAGUCAUGUAAGUGAACUUCCAAGAUCAGUUUCUUCACUUUCUUCAUUUUGAUAUUUUAGUUUUUGUAAGUUGUUAAACUGAGAUGUCAACACUAAAAAGAAUGAAAAAUUACUUGUCUGAUGAAAGUAUGAAAACAAAGUCAGGCCAUUUUUCAGGUGGUUGGGUCUUUCUUUCAAACUGUAUUAUAAAUCUUUAUCUCACUAGUUAUUCAAAUUCAUUUACCAGAGUUCCACCAGUAUCGUCCAUUCUUCGACAUGCAUCAAGGAUUGCAAAACUAUUACAACUUCCGUGUUUUCCAGAACCUAAAUUAUCCACCUACACUGCACGUUUUAUCACAGAUCUGCAUCUCCCAGGUAAGAAACAGCUGUAGGAUAAAUUUCACUGCAACCAGACUCUAUGAUAUUUCAUAAUCAACGCAAGAGGCUCAGCCGAAGGUAAUUUGAAAAAUUCCUUGUUCAUUCUAAGACCAGCACGUGGGGGAGCGGAGAGCUCUUGCCUCCCACCCGGGGUUUUGAAAACGAUACAAAAUAAUUACCAGUCAAAGAAACAAAAUCAACUGGUUAGGGUAUUAGAAACUGCUUCUCUAAUGUAUAAAUUUUGAGUUAAAAAUAUGGUCUCGGACCCGUAAAGCUCUUCUGUUUUCAUUCAAGAUGGAUGUUUCAAAAGUUUUAAGAAUUAUACAUUAAGACCAUCAGCUUAAGAAACAAAAUGGACUGGUUAGAGUGCUAUAACCUGCUUCUCUAUUUCCAAAAUUUUGAUUUUGAAAUAUGGCUUCGUGCCCGAUAAGUUGCCAAAACGUUCAAGAAGUGGGCCCCUAGCGUCACAUGGGGUUGAGUUUUUUGUGGCUUCUCGUCGUUGCUCCGGGGGUUUCUCUUAAGGUCCUCCGGUUUUCCUCCCCCUCAAAAUCAACAUUUCCAAAUUCCAAUUCGAUCUGGAAACAGUGGACAACGUGAGCCAACUUGUGAAAUGUCUAUAGGUAAAUUCCCUUUGUUCCCAUUUGAUUUGUAACCAGUAGAAAACUGAGCUCUCUGUCUACGAUAGCCCUUCGUCAAUCGCUUUGACGAAGGGCUAACGCUCGAAACGUCAGCUUUUUUACCCUUUACGGUGGCCAAUUUGCGUUUUCAACUCAGUUGUUAACACUAAAUUACCUGCCAUACUCUCCCACCGACCCAGCACCACAGUUUCUUUAGAAACUUAACCCCUUUAUUUUUAUGUUUUAUAACAGGUUUUCUUCAUGGUGUAGUGCGCAAACUAGCAGAAAAGGUGAAAGUUAAAACCAAAAUCCACCCAGCUCUCCAGACCUCCAUUCCAAAUCUUGAAGCUGGUGCUAUGGCUUUCAUUGUUGUUGCCUUGAAACUCUGCUAUGGAAUUGACGACAAAACAGAAAAGUAAGCACAAAUAAAACUAAAUAAUUUGUAAACAAAAUAUCCAAAAAAGAAAAACAAAAAACAAAGAUUGAAGCUACAAGGUAGGCAUGCAUAGAGUUAACUUAUCGAGGAUCAAAUUAGUGAUUCCAGUUUUUAGUUUGGCGACUGUGCUGGCAAUAGGCAAAUUGAAAUCCAUUUGGUUUAUUUGGUCACAGCUGCUACGUGAAAUGGGGCUAUAGUUACUGCGUUAAUAGAAAAUAUGUAAAAUAAAAUAACAGUUGGGAAAAGGAAAACUCGAGACUUUUGUAGCACAACGCUUAAUUGAUGGCAAGUAUCCUGUUGAAUUACCAUUUUUGUCAUGCUUCAUAAAAGCAAAAAAAAGUAACACGCUUUUAAAACACUCGUGGCAUACCGACUUGUGCAGUUGUUUAACACUUACAAUUUGAUUCUGACAGCCCGUACUGUUAAAAUUUUUUUUACAUGCACAGACGUUUGAAUGCUGUGUGGAGUGUGAUUAUUUCAGGCCUUAUCUGAUCCUUUGACCUUUAAGAGUGAUUAACAUCUAAUUUCCCCUUACCAUAUCACUGCUGAAUCAAACAUUAGGGUCACAAGAAUUAAGAAAUGAUCACAAAGUUGAUUGUUAAAUAAACUCUCCUUGUCAGUACCUUAGGAAAUGUAUAGAGAACAGUAUGGAGAAGAUAUUAUAAAAUAAUUCAAAUAGUACGUGCGCUCUGAUUGGCCAUAAAACCAUUUUACAUGAGCGUAUGUAAACACGGUUUUCGUUCCUCUUUCAUUAGUUAUUUUAUAAAAGAAAUGUAAAAUGGUUUCCGUGUUUACAUAGCCUGAUGUAAACACUUGGGAGGUUGGGAGAACACUCGAUAAGCUGGAAACCGCUCCGCUUCGCGUCGUGGUUUCCUACGCUUAUCUCGUGUUCUCCCAACCUCCCGCGUGUUUACAUCAGAAUAUGCAAACACGGAAACCAUUUUACAUUUCUUCAUUGAUAUUGACUGACUGAUAUUGGGGUGUAGAGGGUCAAUAUACUUUGUAAAUCCUGACUCGUAGGGAACAGGAAGAAAAAGCCACACCCAUGGAAUCAAGCUCAAAAGAAGGAACUUGUCACACAAUUCCCCUGUUCACUGAUUGGCUGAAAAGCUGGAAACAUUGCGAAGCCAAGAAAUUUCAUAAUGGUAUUCCUUGGACAGAUGAACAGUUUAAACUUGUUGGUGACCCUACGUCAUACAGCGCGUUUUGUAAAUCGGACAUUUCUGGUUCGUGGGAGCCAGCCGACCGCGUUUACACCGGAAGUCAACAGAAAAAUUUGCGCGCGAACCGAAUCACGAACGAGGAGAGCCAGAGCAGGUAUGCACAACUGUUCAAGAGCUUAAUGACACGACAACGGGACGAGGAUUUCAGUAGUACGGACACGCCCCAGGUUACAAGUUUUCCCGCCACGUGCAGACAUGUGGACGACUCCGAAAGUGGCACUGAAAGUUGUUUCGACAAAAUGCGUUCGCGUGGAAUCAACGUGGAAUUUGCCCAUGGGAGUGGUUCAGUUGAGGGUAAUGAUUUGAAGUACAUUUGUUACUCAGCAGACCAUGCUGAUCAGGACACUUAUUUUCAUAGUUCGUACAGAGAGCUGUUGGGUGUUUUGGCAGACCGCAUAGAAAUGAGGCCUGCAGAUGUGCAAACUAAAGUCCGCAAACUAGAAAAGGCUUUGUUUUUUAAACAAAAUCUUAUUAAUGGAGUGUUGUGAUCGACUCGAACUGUGGCAGCGUUUAAUCAACAGAAGAGUACUUAUCAUUUAGUAAAUCUGUUCUUUCCAAAGCAGGGAGACUUCUUCUUAGGGAGGUUGGCACUUGUUUUUCCAUUUUUUACUCUACUAAUAUUCAUCUUGAGCUAUUUAUCCAUUGGUUUGUCUAUUGAUGUAAGUCUCGUCUGGUAAACUCUUCUCGCGAACCUUUUGGAAAUUUCAAAAUUUGAGACGAGUGACUUUCUUUUUUGCCUUAAAUGAUAUUCUUAGAAUAAGAAAUUUAUUAUGUGAAGAUGUUUCUAUUUUUUUCCUUUUCUUCUUUCUUUCUUUCUUUGUUCAGAAAUCUCGAGCCACCCUCCUAAUCAAUCAGAUGCUAAGUCAAGAUAAAAAAAACGACUUACGUUUUUCGGCGCCAACACUCCUUUAUUUUGACUGGUCAUCGAGAUUACUUUACUGGUUUUUCGAGUUAGGACACUUAAGCCCAACGCCUGCGGAAGCAGUUUGACAAAUCUGAUAAAGUCAGAAAUAUCACCCCGCUCCAAACAAAUCGUUGUCUGAUACGUAGCUGCUUCGUGAACAUUGUCACUUAAAUACCAUGAGAACAAAGAC